AUGGCAGAUCCAGACCCAGAUGCGGGAAAGAGGCGCGGCCUCACGUGCUGGCUGCUGGACACUAGGACAUUAUGGCCAGGGAGUAGGAUUGCAGAGUCGGCAAAAGAGGCUUUGGCUCUGAUCAGCCCUGAAGAGAGAGAGCUCAUUUUACGAAAAUACCAUGUAGCCGACGCAAAGAUGAGCUUAGCCUCUGCCCUGCUCAAGCGUCUCUUUGUCCAUAAGACUCUCGGAAUACCCUGGCAGUCCAUAAGCUUCGGCCGCAAACGCGACCCAAAACACGGAAAACCCUGUGCCUUGCUUCCUCCACCGCUUCACGGCCCGGCUCCCAUUGAAUUCAACGUCUCUCACCAAGCCGGACUGGUCGUCCUCGUGGGAUGUAAAACACAAGACCUCGAUGCCGAGCUAGGCGUCGACGUAGUCUGCGUCAACGAGCGCAACGAAGGCACCAUGAUCGAGUCGGAGGGCUUCGAAGCGUGGGUGGACAUGUACGCCGAGAUCUUCAGCCACGAAGAGACGUUCGACAUGAAAUAUAACGCCCCGCCCUUCCCGCUCCUCGACGGCACCACAGUCACGCCUGACAUGCUAGGCAGACAUGAUCGGUGCUGCUCAAAGGGACAGCAACUUUCUAUCACACUACCAGACGGCUCCGAGCGCAAGUUCUCGAGCGACUUGUUGAUCGACGCCAAACUCCGCCGUUUCUACACUUUCUGGUGCUACAAAGAAGCGUACAUCAAGCUCGACGGGGAAGCGUUGCUGGCGACCUGGAUCCCACAGCUGGAGUUCAAGCAUGUCCGCGCGCCCAACCCCGGUACGCCAGCGCGGCGUAGUACCCAUGGCGUGUGGGGCGAAAGGGUCAGCGACGCGGAGGUAUGGUUCAAGCACAGCAGGAUGGGUGAGUGUCGGCUCGAGAUCCAGGCUUUUGAAGAGAACUUCAUGAUUGGUGUUGCGGCGAAGGAGAGGCGGUGGGGCAGUGAGGAUGCAGGGUUGCCUGACAUAUUGACUGAAUUCAAAGGGCUGCAUUUGGAAGAGGACGUUAUGGCGAUUGCGAGGAAGGGGUAG